AUGUUAGACGUGAAACUGAAGCCACACACUGGUAAUAUCCAUAGACAAUUUCCUGUCCACGGCUAUCUCGGCCUCACUCGUUGUGAAGUCGUCGGGGUUGCGUAUACAAAGCUUUCGGAUGGCAAGCCCUUAAAGGCUAAAGAGUUGAAUGUGAAGCUCAAGUGUAUCGAGUUUGCAUUCGGAAGAAAUAAUAUACUCUACGAAUCUACUCAGGUACUAUGGAGCUCGAACUCGCCCAGCAAAUACACGCAUCUCGCAGAAAUUCAGAAAGAUUUCAAGUUAAAAGUUCCACUUAAUAAUACCCUCCCGUCGUCCAUCAACUUACAGAACUACCGCAUCGUUUGGAAGCUGGAAGCCAACUUGAUCCAUGAAAAUUUGACAUUCGUUGGCAAUACAAAGACAAGCAGUGUGAUAUUACAGCUAAACCGAUAUUCACCACUCUACAAGCAACUCACCACCUACUCGCAACGCGUCGAUCAGUUGGACUAUCGGACCUACUUCUCAGGACGCCAAUCAACGUAUAAGUCAAGUGACAACCUCUUCGCCAGCAUUAACCUCACACUCCUCAGUAACAAAAUAAGCGUGAAGAAACUUGCCAUGUCCUUAGAUCGACGCGUGCAAUUCAAAGCCCAGAAAUCCUCACUCUUCAGAUCUAAUGUGCAACUAACAAGGAUCGUAGAGGAGGUUGUCACGCCACAGUUACAGCUUCAGCAGCCUCAAUCAUUCAACUUUAAAGGCGUCAUACCCAAAUCUAAGUCAUCGCUAUCGUGGAGCAUUGGCGAAAGUUUGCUUACAACUCUGAUUGAUAUGCAAUUUUUCAUAACAUUCACCGCGCUCAUUAAAAACUCAAGUGGCAGCACAUCCAGCAUCGCGCUAGACUCAAAAGAAAUCACGCUUCUUUCGAUAACCAAGGAAGAACUACAUUAUGCUCUAGAGACAACAUCCAGACCGCGUAGUAAUCAUAUAUCAUCUGUACAAACCAUUGCAUUGUAA